GGACAGUGUCUUGAAAGCUGUUGGAUGACAAUGAAGCGGCGCUGGUUUGCCAGAUUGGCUGCUCCCAAAGCCUUUGCAUCGCUACCUUCCUUGUUUUGCUUCUUUGCUCCAAUGACCGUCUGAAGUGGUGGACAUCACACUACCAAAGCGAUGAGAGCGUCAAACGUGCAUGCUUGCAGACCGCCAACGUUCUGCAGACUCGGGGUUGACUUACCACGAUGACGUCGCACUGCUCGGCAACAUGUACUGCGAUUUGGGCCCCAAGCCUCAGAAAUCGGUUGCCGAGCAAACGCUCUCGGAUGUGGAGCUGGCGGUGGCCCAGCUACAGGCGCCCUACAAGGUCAUCCCCCACGAAUCCACCAGCGCCAUCUUGGCCAUGUCCAUCGUCAAGCGCUUCAUUCCCUUGAUGGACCGAGUCCUUGUGCAGAAGGUCAAGGCGGAGGCAAAGACUGCGAGCGGCAUCCUUUUGCCAGACUCCGCCAAGCAAGCUCCAAACUGGGCGAAGGUUCUGGCGACCGGGCCUGGCCGCGUCUCCAAGGAGGGCGAGCUGUUGGCGAUGAACGUUCAGGUUGGCGACACAGUGGUGAUCCCAGAGUACGGCGGCGUGACCUUGAAUUUUGACAACGAGGAGUACCAUGUCUUUCGGGACGAGGACAUCAUGGGCGUCAUCCAGGACCGCCAAGUUGCAUGGGGUUAA